CUGAACGAGCAGCUCAGUCUUCAGAAGAGAUCGUAGUCUAUCGUUCGUAGAAGAGCUAAUUUGUGUCGUAGAAAAUCAACGAAAGUUUUUCAAAAGAAAAGAAAACGAAAUAGAAAGAGAAGAAAGAAAUAUCUCUUCACUCUAUCAAUCCAGUUGGCCAUUUUUUAACAAUUUUAUAUUUUCUUUUUUUCUACUUUUAUUUCCAUCAUUGUCUUCCAUUUGAAAAAUUUGUGUGGAGUAUCAAAGGGCAAAUCUACGAGCGAACGCGCGCGAGAUGAUGAGUUCGACUGAAAGGUGUAUUCGGUGAAGUAUCACAAGUACAUAGUGUUUUUGUCAUUUUCUCGAAAAUUUUCUUAUCUCAAGAAACGGCCAUUGAUUCGGUUGAAAAAAAGAAAUGGAGGAAAUAGGAUUUACGUGUUUCCUGGUUAUCCUGGGAUUCGCUGUUCAAGGUAGCAUCAGCGUCGGAUGCGGUUAUCCAGGUGCACCGGCUCACAGCAGCGUACGCUUCACGGGCAGCGGCAUAGACGAUGUCAUAGACGAAGAGGAGACUCUUCUCAAAGAAACAGAAUUGCCGGAAGGAACUGUAGCUACGUAUUCGUGCGAGAGAGGCUUCGAAUUACUCGGCCCAGCGAGGAGACAAUGUCAGACAGAGGGUACAUGGACACCAGAAGGCGUUCCUUUUUGCGUAUUGAAUGUUGCAGGCGGAAAAGCACCAAUGCAAUCUAGCAGCCUGGAUGGUGGAAUUCCGCAACGUGCUGUUGAUGGAAGCAGUGCUCAGAUUUAUACUGCGCAAACUUGCACGUUAACGAGACCCGAGCACAGACCAUGGUGGUAUGUGAACCUUUUGGAACCAUACAUGGUACAACUGGUUCGGCUAGAUUUUGGGAAACCUUGCUGUGGAACUGGUGUUCCUGGCACGAUCGUCGUUCGCGUCGGUAACAAUCGGCCGGAUUUGGGAACAAAUCCAAUUUGCAACCGUUUCACUGGUCCGCUAGAGGAGGGUCAACCUCUUUUCCUUCCUUGCAAUCCACCGAUGCCUGGUGCAUUCGUUUCGGUACAUUUAGAGGCUUCUACCCAAGCUUUAAUUCCUGUACAGCUUUCCUUGUGCGAAGCUUUCGUUUAUACAGAUCAGGCACUGCCCAUCGAGAGGUGUCCACAAUUCAGAGACCAACCACCGGGAUCAACUGCCACUUAUAAUGGAAAAUGUUACAUAUUUUAUAAUCGACAACCGUUGAUCUUCAGAGAGGCUCUAGCUUUUUGUCGAGCACGAGGUGGCACUCUAGUUGAUGAAAGUAAUCCUGCCCUUCAAGGAUUUAUCUCCUGGGAAUUGUGGAGACGGCACAGAAGGAGUGACACGACUAGCCAGUAUUGGAUGGGUGCCGUGAGAGAUCAGAACGAUCGAACUGUUUGGAGAUGGACGGGUAGCGGAGAGGAAGUCUCUGUGUCUUUUUGGAGUCUUCCGCAAGGUACAGAAGAAGAUUGUGCUCGAUACGAUGGUAGCAGGGGUUGGCUCUGGUCCGAUACACCUUGCAACGCUCGAUUAAAUUUUAUCUGUCAACACCAACCACGAGCUUGCGGUAGACCCGAACAGCCACCGAAUUCAACCAUGAUCGUGACAGCUGCAGGAAAUAAAAACAUUGCUAGUCAAUACGAAGUUGGCGCUAUCGUAGAAUAUACUUGCAACUCUGGAAGUCUUCUCAUUGGACCUUCAACUCGUUCGUGUCUUGAUACAGGCUUCUACAAUGAAUUUCCACCGGUUUGCAAAAAUAUCGAAUGUGGUUAUCCUGCAAAUAUAAAGCACGGUGGUUACACAUUGAUCAACAACACUGUAACUUAUCUAAGCCAAGUACUCUACUCUUGUGACGAGGGAUACGAAAUGACAGGUCGUGCGAGACUAACGUGCGAUAUAGACGAGAGAUGGAACGGACCACCGCCGCGUUGCGAACCGAUACAUUGCGAUCCACCCGUAAUAAUUCCUCACAGUUUCAUCCAAAUCGACGAAAUCGACGAAACUGAAAUGGCCAAUAAAAGCACCGUUAACAGGAGCCUGUUCGUUGGUAGUAUCGUCACUUAUACAUGCGAAAAGGGAUAUCGGUUGAUCGGCUCACGACAGAUUCUCUGUUUGCAAAAUGGAGUUUACGAUCACGCUGCACCCUCUUGCACAGAGGAGCCUCGCACGAGUACGGUAACGCUGCCUUCGCGAACGACUUUACGACCAGCAACAAGUAGCAAACCACGACCGUUCAUUACAACGAAGAUUAGAUCGACUACGCCACCAGCAAACACGCCGACGAAAAUAACGACAAUGAUUGCAACGCUGAAGGCAGCGACGAUCGUCCCGCCAAAUGGCAAGAUACCACUAAUUACUAGUGAACAUAUGGCGACGGUUAAAGAAACCGAAUCAAAAAAGUCGAACGUUAACAUACAAAGUACAGUUUCUUCUUCGUCGUCAAUUUUAAACGAUCAUAGCAGAGAUCAUCCGCAAGAUAACGAGAUCGCUGGUAGUGGUGCUGAUCACGUGCAAGCCGGUACUGGCACAGGUGUACCCGAACCCUCAGGACCUUUACAAGUGGACACAUUCAACCAAUCGACUAGCACCCAUCAAGCGAAAUUGAAUCUUGGUGCAGUUAUAGCGCUCGGAGUCUUUGGUGGUUUUGUCUUCCUUGCUGCAGUCAUCACAACGGUAGUCAUACUGAUACGCAGGAACCGUGGUAGAAGCAGUAAACACUAUCGUCACCGAGCAUCUCCAGAUUGUAAUACCGUUGCUAGUUUUGAUAGCAGUUCCUCAGAAAGUCGAGGUGGCUUGAAUCGAUAUUAUAGGCAAGCAUGGGAGAAUCUUCAUGAGACUACCGGGCAUAAGAUGAACCAUCCUGCGUUACAACGCAAGGAAACCCUGGAUGAACCAGGAUAUCGGGAAAAUUACCGCAGUAACAACACCGAACGUGAUGGUUCGGAACUAGUUGUCAGCGAUGUUGCAGCAUAUCCAUCUAGCAAACAUGCUAGUGUUUCCGAUAAGAAACGUCAUCACCACCACCACCAUCAUCAUCAUAACUCACCCGAAUGGAGGCAAUCACAGUCUCACCACAGAUAUUGAAUGUUUUAAGGGUGAGUCUGUUAAAAUCAAUUUAAACUUUAAAUUGAAGAAAUUCAUACAGCGCGAUGUGUUUUGUCACAAUGACUUCAGAAUCACAUAACAGAAAUGUGCGAACGCAUAUCGAAUCUUUUAUUGUUAGCACUUUGUUUUAAUAAUAUCUAAUUAAUUAAAAUAAUAUCUAAUUAAUGCUAGAUAUGUGACGGUAACUAUGAAAGAUUUUACGUUAUUGCUUUAUUAUCUGAUAAAUAAUUUAUAAUCACUCAAUCUGUUAUGCGUUAUACUGUACAUACAUAUAUAAGUAUUUUAAUGCAAUUACUGUAAAAUAAGAAUUAUGAUCACCUGAUGAGAGAUCUUGAUGAGAGAUCAGUUUUCUUUAGCAGAAUGCCAAAAACAAUAAAGAAAGUACUAUAUUAAUUACGAUCAAAAGAAUCUUAACAUACAUAUCUAUAGCAAAGUGUACCUUUAGCUUUUUUAUAGACUUUUAUUGUAUGUCUUUGUAUAUUAUCUCGAAUAAGUUCUUUUUUGUCCUUAUGACAAGAAUUUAAAUCUGUCAUGGGUACCUUGGCCUUGCCUUGAAGUUGCUGAUUGUUUACAAAAAGGGAAAAAAAAUAAGGGAAGGCCGAUGUUAUCCAUUUCGGAAUCAAACGUUCAUUUAGUGACGAAAGCUACUUUGAUAAGUAAACUGGGUAGACACAACAUAAAAUACAGUUUGUACAGAACACGAACACUUCAUAAAGUGAUUGUAAUGAUUAAACGUUCAGAAUACAUUGCCGAUAAAAUUUUUUACUUUGAUCUAAAAUAGACGCUGAUAAUCAAUUAAUUAAUUGACUGGGAUAAAACAUUCAUAAUAAUUUUGUAUACAUAUGUAUUUAUUUUGUCAAGUAAUACUGAGUAAAUUAUAAUAGUGCCAUUUUGGGCAAAUUACUUUAAUUUACCUAAAAGCGAUAUAUUUCGAAAAAAUUAUCUUAUACCAUUAGCUUUAGUUGCUGUAUUGUACCAAUUACAUAAAAUAAACAUAUUUAUGCAUCUUGUUUGAUAUUCUA